AUGAUACCUGAGCGCGAGAGAGUGCUGGUAGUUCAGCGGCUCCAUCUCGCAUCCUGCGCAUCCUGGACACGCUGGCUCUCAGACAGAUGCCGCUUAGCAUCGUCAAAAUGGCUGCUCCAUUAUUUCCAAUGCAACCGCACACCCGCAAAAUGCGAGAACAGGAAAUUUCGACUUCGAGAAACCAUGUGCCAACCCACUGCUGGCCAUCUAUCUGGCGACGACGCUCUGAUGGCCCCACAUAGAAAUCCAAAUCAAUGCCUGUUCACAUGGUUAUCGAAUUGCAUGGCUUCGAGCAGCAACAUCAAGUCACCAACAGCACCUCAUUUCUCAAUAACAACAGCAGUAUCCGUACGGAUAUGCAAGGCCUCCCUCCUCCCCCCACAGGGCUUCGCUGCCGUCCCGGACCCUAGAUAA